AUGUUCCGAAUUCUUUCCUCCUCUGACAAAUCUGAAAAAUCCCAGGAGAAGAGCUCCGAGACUCGGGCUCUUCCGGCAUCAUGGUAUCAUUCAAGCCCACUUUAUCAACUUGAACGACGAGCAGUCUUUUCCAAGAAGUGGUUGCUAGUCACACAUCGAUCGCGUUUUUCCAAGCCAGGGGACUUCAUUAGAUACGAGGAGGCCGGCUUCCCCUUUUUUCUCUGUCUUGAUCGCCAGGGUAACCUGCGAGGAUUUCAUAAUGUUUGCCGACACCGUGCCUUUCCAGUCGUUACUUCUGAUUCUGGAUCGGUAAAUAUCCUGGCUUGCAAAUACCAUGGUUGGUCCUACGGGCUGAACGGAAAACUCGCAAAAGCCCCUCGUUUCGAUGAUGUGUCUGGUUUUGAAAAAGAUAAAAAUGGUUUAUUUUCUGUACAUGUCCAUGUUGAUCAGAGGGGCCUUGUUUGGGUCAAUCUUGACGCUAACGAAGCUCCUACCACCCCCUGGAAUGAAGACUUUCUGGGAGCUGACACCCAGGACCGACUGCAGGAUUUCAACAUGGCCGAAUAUGAAUUUGAUCAUACAUGGGAUAUGCCAGGUAAUUAUAACUGGAAGACAUUGGUCGAUAAUUAUAACGAGUGCUACCAUUGCGGUGUUGCGCAUCCUGGCAUUGCGGCCAUAUCGGAUCUGACCACCUAUGAUGUCCAAACCCAGGGAGGGCAAAUCCAGCAUUAUGUGAAAGACAAACCAGGCUACGAGUCAGAUACGAAAGUUGCCCCAACUUUCUUUUUCCCGAACGCCUCGGUUACAAUGACAUCGCAUUAUUUCUACAUCAUGCGGGUAGUGCCAACGUCUGCGACGACGACAUCGAUGCAAUACGAGGUAUUUCGGCAUAAAGAUGCAUCCGAAAAAACCUUCAAGGAGCUAGAUGACUUCUUCAAACAGGUUGAAAAUGAAGACAAGAAUCUUUGUAACGGGGCACAGAGAAACUUGAAUGCAGGGGUUUACGUUAACGGUGUGCUACAGCCGUUCAACGAGAAGGGCGUUCUUUACUUUCAAAAACUUGUCAAACAGAAUUUGGUUGCCCAUCGCGAGGAGGAAGAAUCCAAGGGUAGAGAGAUAUGGCCUAGUAUGAGAAAGACGAUGAAGUCAACGUCUUUGGAUGAUGAGAUUGACUUCUGUGCCAAGCUCGAGGGUUGUGGUAAGGCCGAGCUGGCUUGGUAG